UGUGUGUGUGUCGCCGCUGCUACACACUCCCACAGCUCGUGUUUGUGUAGUUUGUUCUUCUUAUUUUCCUCCAACAAAACGCACCCGGAUACACUUACUAACUUCUUCCGUCGAAAUUAAACCCCCUAAUUUAUUUUUGGGAGUUUAUUUGUGUGUGUGCGUGUGUGUGUGUGUGUGUGUUCCUCGAAGAGGAGGUAUAAAGAAAAGCAAGAAGAAGAAAACACAAACCUGGAGGAGGAGCAGGGCGUUCACACUUCGAAGUAGCCAUGGAAGUUCCUGGUAUGCAGAGUUCUCAGAUUGAUCCUGAGGAGUUGUUCACUAAGUUGGAUCGUAUUGGAAAAGGAUCCUUUGGAGAAGUGUUUAAAGGUAUAGAUAACCGUACCCAGAGCGUGGUGGCCAUUAAGACCAUCGACCUGGAGGAGGCGGAGGACGAGAUAGAAGAUAUCCAGCAGGAGAUCACGGUGCUGAGUCAGUGUGACAGCCCGUACAUCACCAAGUACUUUGGCUCCUACCUCAAGGGCAGUAAGCUCUGGAUCAUCAUGGAGUACCUGGGUGGAGGGUCCGCGCUGGACUUGCUGCGGGCGGGUCCCUUUGACGAGUCCCAGAUCGCCACCAUGCUGAAGGAGAUCCUGAAGGGUCUGGACUACCUUCACUCUGAGAAGAAGAUCCACCGAGACAUUAAAGCCGCCAACGUGCUGCUGUCGGAGCACGGCCAGGUGAAGCUGGCGGACUUCGGCGUGGCCGGCCAGCUGACGGACACGCAGAUCAAGAGGGAGACCUUCGUGGGAACGCCCUUCUGGAUGGCGCCCGAGGUCAUCCAGCAGUCCGCCUACGACUCCAAGGCCGAUAUCUGGUCGCUGGGCAUCACGGCCAUCGAGCUCGCCAAAGGGGAACCCCCGAACUCGGACAUGCAUCCCAUGCGAGUUCUGUUCCACAUCCCCAAGUCUCCUCCCCCGACGCUGAGCGGAGAGUUCUCCAAGAGCUUCAAGGAGUUCACCGAGGCGUGCCUCAACAAGGACCCGACCUUCCGUCCCACAGCCAAAGAGCUCCUCAAACACAAGUUCAUCGUGAAGCACUGCAAGAAGACGUCCUACCUCAGCGAGUUGAUCGACAGGUACAGGCGCAGGAAGGAGGAGGGGCAUAGCGGCAGCAGCUCCGACGACUCGGACAGUGAGUCCAGUAAUAAGGAGAACAGCGACUCACCUGAGUGGUCUUUCACCGUCCGUAAGAAGAAGCCGGCGGAAGGAAGGAAAGUCCUCAAUGGAACGGGUCAGGAUCAGCUGAGUAAAUCUGCCAGUCUGACCACGGUCAUCUCUCCCAUCUUCACCGAGUUGAAGCAGCAGCACAAGGAGCACUCUGAGCAGCGAUUGGCCAUCGAGGAGCUCGAACGCAACAUCCGAUUGGCCGAGGAGGUGUGUCCAGGCAUCACGGACAGGAUGGUCACACACAUCCUCGCCAGAUUCACGACCAACUGAGGGCUCAGAUUGUUUUUGGGGUGACGAGAGACUGUGACUGUGUCACGCUGCUGGACCAUGCAGAGGAGAUUUGCUGUGCGAUGUCUCCUCGCUGUACACACACACACACACACACACACACACUACUAAUGUAAUAUAUACACUAGAUAUUAUAAAUAUAUAUAUAUUCACAGCUGCAGUUUGAAGACCUUUUUUUAAAUUCGCAGAUUUUCUUUUUUUUUCUAAUCAAGUGGUUUAAAAAUACAUAGAAAACAAUCUUGAAGUUUAAAGUCUGACUUGCAGCAAAUUGAAGUCAGACUUAAAAUGGUUCAACACGACCGUCGCGGGCCUUGAUUAUUUAUGCCGCCAUUUUCAAAAAACAAAGUACACAGAAACAUACACAGAUGAAUAUAUAGCAGGAGGGUUUUCGUUCGUUAGCAGUGGUUUGUUGUUGUUGGCUUUCUAUAUGUUUAUAUGUUGUCCAGUAGCACUUGAGACAGAUUAUAUGCCAAUAUUACAUAUUUUUUGUUGUCUUUAUUAAUGCUUAAAAUUCCCAUAUCCCAGAAUUCAGUUGUGUUUAUUUUUAGGGUUUAAUGCUUCUUUUUUAUUUUUAUGUGUCACCCAGGUUGAUCUCUACUGAUUUGUGUUUUGCUUAUUUUGAACAUCCAAGGUGGAAACUCACCUGAGGAACCUGAACCUGUUGCCACAAAAUCCAUUUCAAGAAUUCAGACCCAUUCCUGGGCGCUACCAGCUGGCUAGUAGCGUGCUAACUCUUUCUAAAAGAGCUAAAUUCAUCUUUAUAAAUAUGUUUUAGAUGCUCAGGUUUGUUAAUUAAACUGCAAAAAAAUCCACUUAUAAAAAUACAAACACAUUUUAAACUCAUUUUUGCGGGCUUUCAGGCUAGCUAGGUAGCGAAUAGCUUGCUAACGAGUAAGCUAGCUAUCUAGCUAACUGUAACUAGCUAAAUUCAUCUUUAUAAAUAUGUUUAGGAUGCUCAAGUUUGUUAAUUAAUCUACGAAAAACAACAAUUUAGGAAAAUACAGAUGCAUUUUAAACUCAUUUUGUAGCUUCCAGGUUAGCAGCUUGCUAACAAGUAAGUUAGCUUGCUCGCUAACUGUUGUUUCUAAAUUAAUGAGCUAAAAUUCAUCUUUAUAAAUAUGUUCAAGAUGCUCAAGUUUAAACUGUAAAAACAACCAUCUAUAAAAAUAAAGAUGCAUUUUGAACAGUUUUUUUGGGAGCAUCUAGACUAGCUAGGAAGCUAGUAGCGUGCUAACAAGUAACCUCGUAGCUUGCUAGCUAACAGUUGUUUCCAAGUUUUAUGAAGCUAUUUCAGAUAAAGUGCCAACUUAAAAUGUUCAAAAGUACAUAAAUGAAUAAAAGGUUUCAUUUGUAAACGUUGGUGGAGAUUAAAUUAUGGGAUGUUCAGAAAGUGUCUGAAUAAGAUUUCAGUGGAAAUUAAAGGAAAAGGAAUAUUUUCAAGGAUCUGCAGUCGGACACGCCCACUGCGCCGGAAGAGACGGCUUCCUGUUUCUAGACGCGUCGAGUUUGGGGAAAACAUCGAAAAUUAAAAGUUUAUGAACAAAACGUCACCACCUUGUUUCUAAUAGGAUAUUAAUAUGAUCGUUUGUACCAAAGACACUAUAACACUUGGUCAUUGUAUAUUUUUGUCUUUAUAUAUCAUAAGGGAUGUGAACAUGUUUGUUGAGGGGAAAUGAAAGAUGUAAGAUUUACAUAAGUGUACUCUUCUUUUCUUUUUUUUUGUAGCGGGACUUAGAGUUUAUGAAUAAAUAUUUAAGUUUGAUUGAGAAA